AAAUCAGUCAAAACUAAAAAGCGACGGCAGUUUGUGUAAAUCAUCUAAUUUAAGCCUCAUUUCUUAUAUGUAAUCACUCCCGCUCAUUCCCCCCAACCUUCUCCUUCUAAUCUUCCUCUCUCAAAACCCUAAAGCUAAUACUCCACUGACUCUGAGAAAAAUUCAAGAGCUCUCAUACAUCUUAGCAUUUACCAAAGACCCAUUUGAACUUGUUAUUGCUCUUUUGGUAUCUUUAUUGCUUGAAGGAUAAUAUCAGUUCUUUCCUUAUAUGCUUGUGUUAUGGGAAGUCCAGAGGUAUUAGAGAAUGGGGCUGUGAGUAAUGGGAAUGGUAUAAAAUCACGCGAUGAGGAUGACCUCGAGGGAAUGACAAACGGUGGGUUUGAGAACAUGGUUAAUGGUGGAAAGGAAAAUGAGAAUUUGGGUGAUGAGAUAUUGGAGGAUUUUGAUACUUAUUGGGAAGAUAUCAAUGACAGCUUAAUGGUAUCGAGGAUGGUGAGUGACUCGGUGAUUAAGGGAAUGGUGACUGCUGUGGAGCAAGAUGCGGCUGAGAGGCUAGCUGCUAAGGAAAUGGAAUUAACCAACUUGAAGGAGUAUUUGCAAUUUCAUGAUGGGGGUCUUAGCAAAAUUGAAUCUCUUGGGUCAUUCACGUUGCAGGAUGAGCUAGAAAGCAUGAAAUUUCGGAAACACUUGAGUCUAUCAGAUGUUUUUAUGGAGCAUGACAAGAUGGGAGACUUUCUUGAUGGGCUAAGAAGUUCGGCAAAGGCUGAAUUCAAGAAGUUGAAUAAGAGUAUUUAUGAGGUUAGAGGAUCCAAUUGUAUCAGGAACAUCAGCCCUCGCUCUGAGAUGGUGGGACUAGAAGGUAUUCUUCAGGAGAAGGAUUCUGGAAUCUGGGAUCAGGUGGACAAAACAAUAGAUAACCUGAAAAUGAUGGUGGAAACCAUCUUUAAGCGAAUGGAUGAUAUGCUACAAUUGUCCAAGACAUCACUUGGUCAGUGGCAGGAGGAGCAUCUCACUGAAGUGGAGCUUGAGGCCAUGGUAAUGCGCAGUGUAAUUCGGACUGUGCAGGAAGACUUUGAGUACAAAUUGUGGGACCAGUAUGCUCAAUUAUGUGGUGACCGAAAUGAGAAGUUGAAUGACAUCUCUAGUUUACGGACGGAUUUGGAAGCUGUUUUAAAGUCAUUGUCAAGUUCAGAAACAGGGCAUAUGAUUUCCCAUGGAUUGCAUGAUGCUGAUUUCUUUGCACGCAAGACAUCAAGUGAGCAUGUGACUUCUUCAAAAGCUGUUUGGGAUGGAAAUGAGAAGAUGGGCGAUUCUAAGACUGAUAUACCUGAGAACUUUGAUGCUGCCACAUUGAAGCACAUGUCAAGAGACGAAAUAGUGAACCAUUUCAAUAAUAUACUGACAAAGAUGAAGAGACACCAUGAGUCCAUUCUGCAAAAGAAAACCGAUGAAUAUUUUGUUCUAAGAGCAGAUUAUCUAAAGCUUAGAGGAGGCUCUGCUGUGCCACACAAAAAGGAUAAGGGUGAAUUUGAUGUUUUAAGGAAGAAGAUUCCAGAAAUUAUAUUCAAAUUGGAUGAUAUUCUUGUGGAGAAUGAAAAACAUCCUGCAUUUACCCAGGAGACUCUAAGUUUCGGUAACUUGAAGGAUAGGCUUGAUAGCCUUCUUUCUGAAAAUCACCAGCUCAGAGACUUGCUUAGAGAUAAGAAAAAUGAAGUUAAGUCCCUUUUGUCCCAGGUUUCCGAUGCUACUGAGAAGAGGCUGCAACAUUCUUCUGUGGAAGCAGACAUGCUAAAACAGAUAGGAGAUCUCAAUGUAGCCAUGGAACAGUCACUCAUAGAAGCUUCUGUAAGGGAAGAAGUGUAUACCUGUUUUCUAAGGGAUCUUAGCAGGGGGACAGGAAAUGAAGUUGAGGAAUUAAACUUGGGAUUUGAUAUGAUUAAUGAUAGUAGUGAUACUGAUGCUGGACGUACUAGAAAGGUUGAAAUUGAAGAUUUAGAUUUGGAGUGCCUGAUUAUGCAAGAAACUUGUGGAGUGAUUUUCGGUGAAGGCAUCAAGGAGGCUAAAGACAUUCUCAAAGAACUGUAUUGUGAGUAUUUGAAUGAAAAAGAAAUUCGAAUAUCUCUUGAGACCAAAGUUAGUCAGAUGGAAAACGAAUUGAAAUUCGAGGUUGAAGAGAAGGACAGGCUAAAGCAAAAUGUUUCUGAGCUGGAAACGUCUGUGAACGAAAAGGAAAGGUUAGCAACAGAUGCUUCAGCUGCUCUUGCAAAAGAGAGGAAGCAAUUUGAGCAGGUGUGUCAAGAGUUAAAUACUGUGAAAGAAUUUGCAAGUCAGCAACAAACAUUAGCUUCUGGGUGCAACAAAGAAGUAAAUGUAGUAAAAGGCCAGUUGGCAGAAGCAUUGGAGCAAAUUGUAGUAUUGAAAGAGGAGGCAGUACAAUUAAAUAAAAGUCUUGAGGAGAAGGCCGAGGAGUUAAAAGAAGCUAAUCACAGGGAAGAUAUGGCCCUUGCUAUCUCUGAAGAGAGGCAGACUGUUUUGUCCUCACUUGAAGCAAAAGAAAUAGAGCUAAGAAAGCAGGUGGAAACAAUUAUUGGUAAUAUAAAUGAAUCAUCAAAGAUGCUUGCUGAUUUUGAAUGCAGGGUGACAGGAAGUUUGAUAACAAAUAAUGCCAGGUCAGUGCUUCCCUAACCAUUUCGAUAAGUAAUUGGAAUAUCAUAGUGCCAAUAUGUACAGAAAGGCUUUUUGUCCCUUCAAAUACGCAGAGAAUCCAAAAGGUUGACAAAAGAACACCCAAAAGUUACUGCAGAUUACACCAAGAACAUAACAUUUGUAAGACACUACUUUCUAAAACAAACACUGAUAUGGACUUGUUUUCAGAACACCUGUGUUCUGUUCUUGUCAUAAGGACCUAAAAAUAAAUAAAGGGAUGCUAUUCUGGUGACCGUUAUACUUUUUUGUUUGUAGCAAUUUACCAAUUCAUCUGAUUUUGUGGCAUUGUGCCCUUUCAUCUUUUCAAAUUGCAGCAAUCUCCCCCUUUUGUUAGCUUUUUCUCUCAAAACAAGAGCCUAGACCUCAUGUACCUCACAAGUCAAUGAUACUAGUGUAAAAUUGAUAAGAUCUAUGUCUUGAGUAGCACCAAUUCUUUUUCUA